GCGCGGCUGCCAUGGGAUGAGAUGCCAGCGCCAUGACGCACCCUCAGACGAGACGUCAACUGUUGCAAAUCUCUCGUGGCCUUCGGAACUUCGCUUUGCCAUUGUCGGAACUGCCAACAGUACCGAUGUUGCUACAAAGGUUGGAUCUUCGAGACCAUGAACUUUUCGAGGAGUUCUGUGCCUUCAGCGCCCGAAAGUGGAAGGAGUUGCCAGCCACGGAGAUGGCCAAACUCUUCCGAAACACGGAGGACUACCACCUUCUCCAUGCUACGAAGGGCACUGCCCUUUGUCGCCUUGUUGCUAGCCUGACGGAAACCAUACAGCGGCGCGAGCUGCAACACGUGCCAAAUGCCAGGGCCGUGGCCUCGCUUUGCCACGGCGCCCUGGCGCCCAAGCGCCGUGCCGCGCUGCUGCCGCUGCUGGCGCAGCUGCGCGCAGCGCUGCAGCUGUCACUGGAAGCGUCGGCGCUGAACGGCGGCGAUGCGGUGGAGCUGUUGGCCGCCGCGGCGGAGUGGCGUGGCGUGGGAGUCAUGGGUUGA